GUCGCCACACCAAGACGGGCCAGCUGGCGGCCAUCAAGUGCAUGGAUAUCACGGAGGAUGAAGAGGAAGAGAUCAAGCUGGAGAUUAACGUGCUGAAGAAGUACUCGCACCACAGGAACAUCGCCACCUACUACGGCGCUUUCAUCAAGAAGUCGCCCCCGGGCAAGGACGACCAGCUAUGGCUGGUGAUGGAGUACUGCGGCGCCGGGUCGGUCACCGACCUCGUCAAAUCCACGAAGGGCCAGUCGCUGAAGGAGGAGUGGAUCGCCUACAUCUGCCGCGAGAUGCUGCGCGGCCUGAGUCAUCUGCACGCCUGCAAGGUGAUCCACCGCGACAUCAAGGGCCAGAACGUGCUGCUCACCGAUAACGCCGAGGUCAAGCUGGUGGACUUCGGUGUGAGCGCCCAGCUGGACCGCACCAUCGGCCGGCGCAACACCUUCAUCGGCACGCCCUACUGGAUGGCGCCCGAGGUGAUCGCCUGCGACGAGAACCCCGAGGCGACGUACGACAACCGCUCGGACCUGUGGUCGCUGGGCAUCACGGCGCUGGAGAUGGCCGAGUCGCAGCCGCCGCUCUCCGACAUGCACCCGAUGCGCGCGCUCUUCCUGAUCCCGCGCAACCCGCCGCCGCGGCUCAAGACCAAGAAAUGGAGCAAGAAGUUCCACAGCUUCAUCGAGACGACGCUGAUCAAGGACUACCACCAGCGGGCGUACACGGACCAGCUGCUGAAGCACCCGUUCAUCAAGGACCAGCCGACCGAGCGCCAGGUGCGCAUCCAGCUCAAGGACCACAUCGAUCGCAUGAAGAAGCACAAGGCUCAGCGAGACCGCGAGGAGAGCUUCAACUACUCGGGCAGCGAGAACGAGGAGGAAGAGGAGACGGCCACGGCCGGCGAGCCGUCCUCCAUCGUACAGGCGCCCGGCGAGAACACGCUGCGCAAGAACUUCCAGCAGAUCCAGGAGGGGCGCGCCGCCGCCGCCGGCGAGGAGCGCGAGCGGCGGCGGCGCGAGCGCGAGCGCCAGCCGGCGCCGCGCUCCGCGCAGCAGUUCAAGCCGCCGCCGCGCAAGCCGGAGCCGGCGCCCAGACGACCGCAGGACCUGGACGUGUUCGCCGCCCAGCUGAAGGAGCUGGGCGGACUGGGGGCGGCCGCCUCCUCCCGAGCCUCAGCCACGGCCAACGGCAACAACCAUGCUCCAGUCCAGGAGGACAGCAGCGACGAGGAGGAGCCGGGGCCGCCGCGCAACGACGGCACGCUGCUCGCGUCCGACUCGCCCAAGCCGCUCGCCCAGUGGCAGAGCACCGACCGCGAGCCGGGUGAGCCGCCCGUGCGCAAGCCGCCCAGCCAGCCGCCGAACCGGCCGCUGCCGCCGACGCCCGACGAGGACGGCGACGGCACGCUGGUGAUGCGUCGGAACCGCGAGGAGCAGCGCCACAGGCACGCCGACUCGUCUCCGGGCCCGGUGGGCACGCCCGGCUCGCGCACCAGCACCGUGCUGCCCGACCUGCUGCCGCAGACCAGCUCCAGCCCGGGCAACGGCCGCCACCUAGACAAGUCGACGUCGGAGGAGUACCGCUCGGCUGUGGGCCAGCCGGCUCAGUCGCCGCUCCAAUUGCAGCACAAGCAGAAGUCGUUCCUGACGUUCGGCUUCGGCGCCGGCGGCAGCAGCCGGCGCGAGAGCCACAUCAACGUGAACGUGACGCCCACGGGCCACGAGGUCAGCUCCACGGACACGCCCGAGAUCCGCAAGUACAAGAAGAGGUUCAACUCGGAGAUCCUGUGUGCCGCACUCUGGGGCGUGAACCUGCUCAUCGGCACCGAGAACGGCCUCAUGCUGCUGGACCGCUCGGGCCAGGGCAAGGUGUACCAGCUCAUCUCUCGGCGCCGCUUCCAGCAGAUGGAGGUGCUGGAGGGUCAAAACAUACUGGUCACGAUCAGCGGCAAGAAGAACCGCGUACGCGUCUACUACCUGAGCUGGCUGAAGAGCAAGAUCCUGAAGUCGGAGUCGCAGCAGGUGGAGAGAAGGAACGGCUGGAUCAACGUGGGCGACCUCAACGGCGCCGUGCACUUCAAGAUUGUCAAGUUCGAGCGGAUCAAGUUUCUCGUCAUCGCACUGCGAGAGAGUAUCGAAAUAUACGCCUGGGCGCCCAAGCCCUAUCACAAGUUCAUGGCCUUCAAGAGCUUCGGCGAGCUGGCGCACCGGCCGCUUCUGGUCGACCUCACCGUCGAGGACAACACCCGGCUGAAGGUCAUCUACGGCUCCUGCGACGGCUUCCACGCCGUCGACCUCGACUCGGCCUCCGUGUACGACAUCUACCUGCCGAAGCACGCGCAGGGUCCGAUCGUGCCCCACACGAUCGUCACUCUGCCCAACACGAACGGCAACCAGUUGCUGCUCUGCUAUGACAACGAGGGCGUCUACGUCAACACCAACGGCAAGGUCUCCAAGAACAUCAUCGUGCAGUGGGGCGAGAUGCCGACGUCCGUGGCGUACAUCGGCACCGGCCAGAUCAUGGGCUGGGGCAACAAGGCCAUCGAGAUUCGCUCCGUCGAAACGGGACAUCUGGACGGCGUGUUUAUGCACAAAAAGGCGCAGAAGCUCAAGUUCCUCUGCGAGAGAAACGACAAGGUGUUCUUCUCGUCGGCCAAGGGCGGCUCCGCCUGCCAGAUCUACUUUAUGACACUGAACAAGCCAGGCAUGGCCAACUGGUGAGCCGGCCGCCCGCCGCACCGCUCGCGCGCGGGCGCC